AAUUUAUUGAAUAAUGUGUGAGAGGAGCUGAGCCGCAAUUCGCAAAGCCACAUAAGGCAAGAAUAAUUCAGAAUUUACGGUCUUGUAAGCAUUUUGAGUUUACCUUCUGUGAUAUUGAGUGAAGAGUCAUGCAGUUUUUGUUAAGAAAAGGAGGCGCCCUGGCGAUGGGCAGCACGGUCCAGGCGAGCCGCUGGGUGCAGCCGGCGCGGCGCCACGGUGCGCUGGCGGCCGCGCGUGCUCUGCUCGCCGCUCAGCUGGACGAGAUUCGGGAGGCGGGGACAUGGAAAACAGAGCGGGUUAUCACCACGCGCCAGGACGCCAGCAUCGGCGUGGAGGGCCGCUCCGACCGCGUGCUCAACUUCUGCGCCAACAACUACCUGGGCCUCUCCAGUCACCCGGAUGUGGUCCAGGCGGGGAAGGACGCGCUCGACGUAUACGGAGCCGGUCUCAGCUCCGUCCGCUUCAUCUGUGGCACGCAGGACAUCCACAAGGAGCUGGAGCGGAAGAUAUCCGAGUUUCACGGCCGUGAGGACGCCAUUUUGUACGCCAGCUGUUUCGACGCCAACGCCGGCCUGUUUGAGGUGCUGCUCACCCCAGAGGAUGCCGUACUCUCUGACGAGCUCAACCACGCCUCCAUCAUCGACGGCAUCCGGCUGUGCAAGGCGCAGAAGCACCGCUACAAGCACAAGGACAUGAAGGACCUGGAGGCGAAGCUGCGCGACUCGCAGUCGGCCCGGAUGCGUCUGAUCGUGACUGACGGCGUGUUCAGCAUGGACGGGAACGUGUGCCCGCUGCCAGAGAUUGUGGACCUGGCGCGCCGCUACAACGCGCUCGUCUUCCUGGACGAGUGUCACGCCACCGGAUUCUUCGGCGCCACCGGCAGAGGCACUGAGGAGCAUUUCGGUAUGACCGGCUCUGUGGACAUCAUCAACACGACGCUGGGGAAGGCGCUGGGCGGCGCCGCCGGCGGCUACACGACCGGACCGCGCGAGCUGACGGAGCUGCUGCGGCAGCGGUCGCGACCCUACCUGUUCUCCAACUCGCUGCCGCCGCCGGUGGUCGCCUGUGCCAGCAAGGUGUUUGAUAUUCUGAUGGCCUCCUCGGAGCUGACGGGACGCGUGGCGCACAACACGCGCCGGUUCCGACAACAGAUGACGGCCGCCGGCUUCACGGUGGCCGGCGACGACCACCCGAUCGCGCCCGUCAUGCUCGGAGACGCCCGGCUGGCCACCGACAUGGCCGACGCCAUGCUCGAGCGCGGUAUUUACGUGAUCGGGUUCAGUUUCCCGGUGGUGCCGCGCGGCAAAGCCAGAAUUCGGGUACAGCUCUCCGCCUGCCACUCGGACGCGGACGUGGAUCGAGCCGUGGCCGCCUUCGUGGAGGUCGGACGCCAGUUUAAAGUGGUACCCUAAACCACGGCAGCGGCGGCAAGGUUUGAACUGCAGUGGGCUGACUGGGGGAGCUAUACUGCCGUGAGCUGAGGGUCUGCCCUUUACUACAGCUGUUGUCAGAAAGAUAGGCUUAGGUACCGCGUUAGCCGAUCGGGCAGAGGGUAGUUGGCGGUUGCACGGGUCUGGGGGUUAUUCCGGUCCCACUGUUGUAACAUUUCUGUCCAGAUUUUGGCUGGGACAGAGGGGUUAUUAAUUGACGUGUGCGUUCCCCC